AUGAGUUCAUACGAUGUUAAUUCGUACAUAGCAACCACUUCUACGGUACCAAAUGCUGUAAGCUCUUCAACAAAAGUUAAGCAGUAUGAACCACAGGUACAACUUCUAUGUCAAAGAAUCAAAGAUGAAAUGCUAUUGGCGAAAGAAAGAAUUAAACCAGAUGCCCUUCUGAAAGAUCUUAUAAGGUUAAAUGAAGCCUUAAAAGAUUGGGGAACAACAAACUUAGAAUGUUUGAUUUAUUAUCAAACGUUUUCUCAGCUUCGAGAAAUACCAUAUUUAUUUCCAAGGUACAGCAAGCUUACAGAGCUUUCCACGCAUAUCUUUAUUAGUGUGAUUCAUAAUAUUUUCAGGCAGGAAGGUGAAUUAACUGAAAGAAGCGGAAAUGUAAUAUUUUCUACGGAGAUCUAUAUACAAGGACUUCUGAAAAGCAAGACUCUUGGCUCACUCAAAUCCACAGCCGAUCUAGUUGAUCAUAUUCUCUCAACUUAUAAGCACUCCCCUGAAGGAUUUAAUUUAUGGAUUAUCAAAAGAAAGGGAGGACAAGCAAAGGCAAGUUCUUUAUACAGAAUGAUUUCACUAUGCACACCAUCUGUUGCAUUUGGACUUCAAUUUUUUCAGCAGACACUAAAGGAAGUCUAUCAUGAUUCCUCAACUAUUAAAAUUGCAAAUCAUAUGUUUGACAAUAUUAUUCACUUGUUAAGAUCAUUUGAUAUUCUAAGGACGGAAUUUUAUGCCUCUGGGUUUGAUCGUCUUCUACUCUCAUUUCCACUUGUACUUCGGGAAAAGUUGAUAAAAAAUCAAGUAGAAUUACUGAAAUUGGAUUAUACUACGAAUAAUCUUAAGGCUUAUGAUUUUAAAAGUACUCCGGAAUGCAAAACUUAUCUUGCAUCAUUACAAUACUUUGUGAAUGUUACUCAGAGAUUAGGGCAUCCAGAUUUACAAAAAUUCAUGAUUGAUUCUCUUGCUUCAUUUUUUGAGGGCACGUUAGGGAGUGAAGGUAAACAAGGGACAGCACUGUCUUUGUUUUUUCAAGGAUUCAAAAUACUCUCAAAAUUCACAUUUCAACAGGAUUAUACAAUAAGAACGGUUAAAAAUCUUCUUGAAAAAGACAGUUUUAUAUCAAGCGUAUGGGGAAUCAUGCUAUGUUAUAUCAGAUCACAGACUAAGGAAGUUUAUCACACCCUUACCUCCAGAAGAGCUCAUUUGGAGCUCCUAACAUUUCUUCAAGACAUCUUCGAAACUAAGGAUGAAAUUAUUUCAGAAGUGAUAUUUGAAAGACAUAAUAAGGAUGCAGUGGUUAUUGAUAAUACAUCCUGGAUCAUAAACAUGGUUUAUGAAACAUCAAACUCUUCUGUUCUUAAAAUCAACGAGACUUUUUCAGUGCUAUUACGUGAUGCUUCGAUAACAAAAAUCCUCACUGCGCAAUGCAUUAAUCUUCUUAGACCGGAAUCUGUGUUUGCGGAACUGUUAGUUGCAAGAUUGUAUAUGUUUUACUUCUACCAGCCCGAUGAAAAUAUUGCUUUCUUAAAAGUAUUAUCAACAAUAAUCUUUCGGACAAGUGGUGCAGUCUUUAAAAUGAAUAGUUGUGCAAUUGCAAAUGCAAUUAAGAGCGUUUACCAUUCAUGGAGAAUCUCGAAUCAAAUGUUACUUGCGGAAACAGACCUUACUGAUGAGCUGAUCUUAGGUGAUUCAAUUUUAAAUACACUACCAAACGAUUCCAAAUUUAGGUAUUGGAAGUUUUUCUGUAAAAGUGAUCCAGAACUACAUCUCGAACUGCGGAAGAAUAUUAAAGAAAAUCAUAUAGUAUUUGAUGAUCGCGGAUUUGCUAAGUUCAACCUUACUGCGCCUUUGAUUCCACCACAUUUCCAGAACUCGUCGUACAGUAAUGCCAGCUCUAUUGUUUUGUUUUCAAAUACGUCUUCGUUGGAUUCAACAGAGACAAAAUCAAUAACCCUCACCACCACAGUUGAACAAUCCAGUUCAGCAUCUGACACUACAGAAAUUCCAACCACCACUGAGGUUUCCACCACAUCUUCUGCUUCAUCUGAUACAACAAGUUCAACAAGUUCAACCAGUACUUCUGCAUCUGGUGCAGUUCAAACCGGCCGCGGUACCUGGUAUGAAGUUGGCAACGACAAUUGUGGUACUUCGUCUACCAAUGAAGAUCUUGUUUGUGCCAUCGCUCAAACUCUCUAUGACAGCAACGCAAAUUCAGAUUCGGUUUCCGAAUACUGCGGUAAAACAAUUACUGCAACCUACCAAAACAAAAAUGUCGUUGUCAAAGUUGUUGACUCAUGUGAAUCCUGCAGUGAAAGCGACUUGGAUUUCUCACCUGCAGCUUUCAAGGAACUUGCCAGCUUAGAUACUGGUGAGAUUGAAAUUGAAUGGUCUUGGAAUUAA